UAUCUAGGAGGACUCUUCUCUCCCAAACUACCUGUCACCAUGGCCCAUCGAUUUCCGGCCCUCACCCAGGAGCAGAAGAAGGAGCUCUCAGAAAUUGCCCAGAGAAUUGUUGCCAAUGGAAAGGGAAUCCUGGCUGCAGAUGAAUCUGUAGGCACCAUGGGGAACCGCCUGCAGAGGAUCAAGGUGGAAAAUACUGAAGAGAACCGCCGGCAGUUCCGAGAAAUCCUCUUCUCUGUGGACAGUUCCAUCAACCAGAGCAUUGGGGGUGUGAUCCUUUUCCAUGAGACCCUCUACCAGAAGGACAGCCAGGGAAAGCUGUUCAGAAACAUCCUCAAGGAAAAGGGGAUCGUGGUGGGAAUCAAGUUAGACCAAGGAGCUGCUCCCCUUGCAGGAACAAACAAAGAAACCACCAUUCAAGGGCUUGAUGGCCUCUCAGAGCGCUGUGCUCAGUACAAGAAAGAUGGUGUUGACUUUGGGAAGUGGCGUGCUGUGCUGAGGAUUGCUGACCAGUGUCCAUCCAGCCUCGCUAUCCAGGAAAACGCCAAUGCCCUGGCUCGCUAUGCCAGCAUCUGUCAGCAGAAUGGCCUGGUACCUAUUGUUGAACCAGAGGUAAUUCCUGAUGGAGACCAUGACCUGGAACACUGCCAGUAUGUUACUGAGAAGGUCCUAGCUGCUGUCUACAAGGCCCUGAAUGACCAUCAUGUUUACCUGGAGGGCACCCUGCUAAAGCCCAACAUGGUGACUGCUGGACAUGCCUGCACCAAGAAGUAUACUCCAGAGCAAGUGGCAAUGGCCACCGUAACAGCUCUCCACCGUACCGUUCCUGCAGCUGUUCCUGGCAUCUGCUUUUUGUCCGGUGGCAUGAGUGAAGAGGAUGCUACUCUCAACCUCAAUGCUAUCAACCUUUGCCAUCUACCAAAGCCCUGGAAACUAAGUUUCUCUUACGGACGGGCCCUGCAGGCCAGUGCACUGGCUGCCUGGGGUGGCAAGGCUGCAAACAAGAAGGCAACCCAGGAGGCUUUUAUGAAGCGGGCCGUGGCUAACUGCCAGGCGGCCAGAGGACAGUACGUUCACUCAGGCUCUUCUGAGGCUGCUUCCACCCAGUCGCUGUUCACAGCCUGCUAUACCUACUAGGAUCCAAUGCCCGCCAGCCUAGCUCCAGCGCUUCUAGAAGGAGGGCUGAAAGGGAGCAACUUUUCCUCCAAUCCUGGAAAUUAGACACAGAUUUGAACUGCUGGAAAUACAACAGGUGUUAAAUCUUAAGUACAAGGGGGAAAAAUAAUCAGUUGUUGAAACAUAAAAAUAAAUACCAAGGACCUGAUCAAAUGUCACACAGCAGUUUCCUUGCAACACUUUCAGCUCCCCAUGCUUCAGAAUAUCCACCCAAGAAAAUAAAAGGCUUUGAAACAAUAUCGGCUCCUCAUCCAAAGCACAAAUGCUAAAUGAAAUACCUCAUUAGCUAAGUGUAGAGAAGUGCGUCUUCUGAAACAAUCUCAGCAGUGGUAGGUUGGGAAGGAGAUAGCUGCAACCAAAAAAGAAAUAAAUAUUCUAUGAACCUUUGGCUGCUA